CAUGCACUCUCUCGUUUGAUGAAAACUCUGCGUGCUUUCAGCCACACAGAAAGUUUCGAACCAGGAAACGGCAGCUGUUUGAGAUCAGUGUGUGAUGCGAAGCGAUUCGAGCUAUUAACCUAAACAUCACCCUCUCCCCUCUGAGCCGCUUCUCUCCAUCUGAUAUCAUGAAUUUGGCAGUGUUUUUGCUUUUGGUCGUGUCCUUUCGGUUCGGACACUGCGUGCCGCCGAAUAUCGUGUUGAUACUAACAGACGAUCAGGACAUAGAACUGGAAGGAAUGACUCCCAUGAAGAAGACUCGGGCCUUAAUUGGAGAUGCAGGGGUUACAUUCACCAAUGCAUUUGCAGUCACCCCACUAUGCUGUCCAAGUCGCAGUGCCAUCUUGACAGGAAAGUAUCCACACAAUCACCUGGUGCGCAACAACUCACUGGAUGGAAACUGCAGCAGUGUGCAAUGGCAGAAGGUUAUGGAGCCACAGGUCUUCUCUGUCUACUUGAAGAAUCGGGGAUACCAGACUUUCUAUGCAGGAAAAUACCUCAAUAAGUAUGGACAUGCUACAGUUGGUGGAACAGCCCACGUCCCUUUGGGCUGGGAUCACUGGCAUGGACUGGUGGGAAACUCAAAAUAUUAUAACUACACGCUGUCUGUGAAUGGUGCAGCUGAAAAGCAUGGAGACACCUAUCAAAAGGACUAUCUGACUGACCUUAUAGCGAACCGCUCCGUCGAGUUUCUGCAGUCCAAGAAGCACAGGGUUCCAUUUUUCAUGAUGCUGUCCACUCCAGCCUGCCAUUCUCCCUGGACUGUAGCUCCACGGUACAGCAAGUCUUAUAACGUCACCAAAGCCCCACGUCAUGGAAGUUUCAAUGUUCACGGGAAGGACAAACACUGGCUGCUCCGACAACCAAAAACGCCUAUGAAGAACACUUCUAUUGAAUUCCUGGACAAUGUUUUUAGAAGGAGGUGGCAGACUUUGCUCUCUGUGGAUGAUCUGGUGGAGAAGGUGAUCAAUAAACUGGAGGAAGUGAAGGAGCUGAACGACACAUACAUCUUCUAUACGUCGGACCAUGGCUAUCACACAGGGCAGUUCUCUCUCCCCAUUGACAAGCGGCAGCUUUAUGAGUUUGAUAUUCGAGUACCAUUGCUAGUCCGUGGACCAGGCAUCAAAGCCAAACAGACCAUUAAGGAACCCAUACUGAAUAUAGACCUGGCCCCCACCUUCUUGAAUAUUGCUGGAUAUGAUGUAUUGAAAAGUAUGGAUGGCAGCUCUUUCCUUUCCCUAAUGGAUUCUUCACUGAAUAAAACCCAUUGGCGGAAUGAUUUCCUGGUAGAGUAUACUGGUGAAGGUGCUGACAAGACAGACCCUGCAUGCCCUAAUGUAGGACCUGGUGUGGCUGAAUGUUUUCCUGACUGUGUGUGUGAAGAUGCUUUUAACAAUACUUACGCCUGUGUGAGGACAUUAUCUAAAACCAAUCUACAGUACUGUGAAUUUGCUGACAGUGAGUCUUUUGUGGAAGUCUAUAACUUGACCUCUGACCCGCACCAACUGAUCAAUAUUGCCAAAAUUGUGGACCCCUCGCUACUUGUGAAGAUGAACCAGCGGCUGAUAAAGCUGGAAUCUUGUUCUGGCAAUGACUGCCGUACGAUCAAGGUAGAGGAAGAUGGAUUUGAUUCCUAGAUGAAGGAAUACAUGGAAGAGGUCCUCCCUUUCUGACAUUUCACCUUGAGUAAACAAAAUGUACCAGCCUUUGAAAGAGAAGAAACACUGUGAAUUAUUGUAAACUCAGAGAUUUGGGCCCACAAACAAGCCAAGUGUGCAAUAACUCAAAUCGGAAAGAAAAUGAAUUCGAACAGUAUCAGUUUUUUAUUGUUGAACGCUUCAAACAAGGAACUCUGCUCCUUUCCUAAUGUGAGAUGACCUGCCUUUUUGGGAAAACCCAGCACCAUAUUUUUUUUGAAUGAUUACAUCAAUGUGACUUCACAAUUUUUAAUGGUCGGCACAUGUUUGGAAAUAGAUCAGUACAAAUACCUGCUAAAAGUUUUUAGCUGGCAACUGGAGACCUUAUAUUUCUGUUGGUCAUUUAAGAUGAGAGAUCUUGCCAUCCUCUCUACUGCUUGGUUGUGUUCUUGUUUUGAAGUUUCUUCCCCUACUGAUUGAAGAGUAAACUCCUAGCAGAGAGCAGAGCGUAAAUUGUUUUUCAUCAGAUCAGAACUCUCAUUACAAGAUUCAAAUUUAUAAAAUCAACCAAAUCCAGUAGUGGACGUUGGCGCUUGGUGACUUUGCAAGAUUUUUGUAAAUGACCAGUUGGAUUUAAGGGCGAUGAUUGAUUUUAAACAAAUCUGCACUCUGCUACAAAAUUGGAAAUAACUGAGCCAUCUCCAUGUUUUCUGCUAGCUUUCUAUAAUGAAUGUUAUUGAUGAAAAGGGCUGCUUAUGUGAAAGUUAGUAUGUCAGACUCUGCUGUAAUGUUUUGCUUCUUGUAUCAAGCCACUUCCUAAAUCAUCAUUAUUCAGUGCCAUCUUAGAAUAUUUCUACAAGCUGGAAUUAUUUUGGAGAAUUCCUGCAUUAAACCUGAUGAAGGGAAACUCCUCCAUGGAGUAACUGUCUGAAAAUAAACCACCUUUCUGCUGGAUUUGCAAAGAUAAAUCCUUGAAAGAGAAUCAAAGCUGCAUAAUUAUCUCUUCUCUGGAAUCUGGGGUUUGUAUCCUGGUUUUGGAAGCUUGUUGAAUUUGUCGGCUAAUAGUAUUUUUUUUGUAUUAUUAAUCUGUUUCUCUAAAUGUAGGAGAAAGUGAUGAGAAAGUAAAAUGCACAAGUGAGUUCUGAAAUAAAAAUCAUUAUUGGUAA